AUGACAACGUGGCCGCACUUCAGUGUGACGGUUGUGACUUCUGGCUACACCGAAAAUAGCCGAGUCGUGAACUCCAACACCAGCUCCUCCGAACAACCGGCAGUGCAGGCUUCCCCCGUGACCAUCGUUUCCCCACCGCUUCCCUCUCCUCCGUCGGCGGCCAAGAACACCAAUCUGGGAAUAUGGUUUUCGAACGUGCGCUCGCUGAAAAACAAACUGCUUGACUUCCACACUCUUCUCCUAUCCUAUCCGGACACAGUAUUUGCAGUUUGUGAAACUUGGCUUAACCACUCAAUACCUGACGGGCUUCUUGUGGAUGUGGAAAGUUUUACUAUCUUCAGGAAGGACCGAGCCUCGAAUGGAGGAGGUCUGCUGGUGGCGAUACCCUGCCACAUGACCUGCCGGAAACGCCAGGACCUGGAGCAUGAGCACCCUGAGGCUGUAUUCGUCGAGGUGAAUCACCACCAGGGAAAAGUGCUGAUCUGCUGUGUUUACUGCCCCCCAACCUCACAGUCUACAUCCUACGACCUCCUCGGCAACUCCCUCAGGCGGGCUGGAAUGGGCAAUUACCUGAAUACUUGUGUGCUGGGAGAUUUCAACGCGCAUAUCGACUGGACGGAUCCAUCUGCUCCCAUCCCAUCGGCCCCCUGUGGUGAUAUGCUACUUGAUAUCAUGGAGACCGGCGGGUUCCUUCAAGUAUGUGUGGAGCCCUCCUAUAUUUCACACUUUGGGAAAACGUCCUUCCUAGACCUGGCCUUCAUUACCAAUCCAGCACUUGUAUCGAGCUGCUCCCUUGAGUCCAGUCUCCCUGGCUCCGACCACCACGCAAUUUAUCUCGAGAGCCUACUCAAGCCGCCAAAAUCUGAUCCGCACGCGAAGCGAAUCCAGCAAUUCUCGAAGACUGACGGAACGCACCUUCAGAACCUGCUGCACCUUGUACCCUGGUCCCUGGUGACUGAUGAACCUUGUAUUCACGAUGCCUACGACCUUUGGUUAGAUCUCUUUUCGGCCAUAGAAGCAGAAUGUGUUCCCACAAGGAUGACGACUGGCCGGCAGCGACCAUGGAUCACUCAAGAUAUCAUUCGGCUCUCCCGUAAGAAACGCCAGUCAUUCAAGAAAGCACGUAGGACAAAAAAUCCACUCCACCUAAGCACAGCGCAGCAAGCACAGAAAAGUCUGAAAAAACUAAUCUACUCUGCACACUGCUACUCUGCACUAUAUGGAGUCGAUUGCAGAGAAAGCCAUCCAUUUCCCAAAGCUUUUUUGGGCCCAUGUAAACAAUAA